AUGUUCCUUGUUGAAACCAGAGUCUCAGUGGGGUUGCCUUCUUCAGGUCUUACAGCUAUUGAUCAACACUUUUAUGGAAGCUCUAUCUAUUCUAUGUCGAAUGAAUUAAAGAAAAUCGGUGUCGUGGUGGACUUUGAGCAUGCCAUCAAAAGGUUUACUCAGUAUUUCGAGUUCAAUGCUAAAUUAUCCAGCAUCAAAAAAGAACACGUCCUUUCGUUUCUGAAAUGUUAUAGACAGUUAAAGAAACUGAAACUAGAAAUUCCUGAGGAUUUGAACAACUGCGUACGCAAAGAGAAAUGGCUACGAACAAGGCUUGAUGACUACUGCAGAUCACCAACUGAGUGCAUUCUUUUUAGUGCAGAUUGGGAACAAAUUACUCCAAUCUGUUCACCGCUUCCGUUCAUUGACGACUUGUAUGUAAGUGAAAUCCAUGAGUAUCAUGAGGAGCUGAACAAGUUUGGUGUUGUUACAGAUUUCAAAAAUUGUGCUGAGUUUUUGGCUCAUGGCCUUGUCUUGCCUCAAGAUUCCAGUACCCUUACUCCUGAAAUUCUCUACACCUUGCUUCAAUCUGUCAAGGAACUGAAAGGGAAAGACACGAUUCUUGGAAAAUUUCGAGAAAAACUGUCUCAAAAGAAUUGGUUGAAAACCCGUUUUGGCUACAAACGCCCCGACGAGUGUUUGCUCUUCUCUUCUGACUGGAAUCCUUUCUUGAAAUGCAAUGAUGGGCCUUUCAUUGAUGAAGGAUUCUAUGGAUCCACCAUCGCAUCCUACAAACAUGAGCUCAGUCUUUUAGGAGUUAUCACUAAUGUUGCUAACAAGGAGGGGUGCCAGCUGAUCGUUAAUCACAUCGAAUGCCACUCCAAUUCUGAAACUAUUUCUCGAAUCUAUCAUUACUUGUCUACAUUUAAGUGGGAGCCUGUUGACCAAGUCAACACAAGGAUAUGGAUCCCAAGGGGAACCACCAACAACAACAGAGAAUGGGUAAUGCAUCAACACUGUGUCCUCCAUGACAAAAACAAUCUAUUUGGCGAACAAUUAAACAUUCUGGAGAAUUCCAAGUAUGACAAGGAAACCCUCGACAUGUUUGCAAAUACUUUGAAUGUGAAACUUCAUCCCUUGGUUGAAGACUACUGCAAGCUGUGGAAGACAUGGGAAACUUCACGACGCCAGAUAACACUCCAUGAAAGCUGUGCCUUUUGGGAGUUUGUGGUUCAAAAUUGGUAUCCAGAAACAGAAGAGACUUUCAGUAACAACUUAUUGAAAAUCCCUGUUUUGGAUCCUAAUUCGAAUGGAAUUUUUCUGUUUGACAAACAUGACCUCUUUGUUGCGGAUGACCUUUUCUUGACUGAUCUCUUUCUUCGAAGCUGCUGCUGCUCUCGUCCCAUAUUUGCAUGGUUUCCUCAGCCAAGUGUAAAAUCUCUCAUAACCCGAACCAAGUUUGUGGACAUCUACACAAAACUUGGUCUUCGGAGGUUGUCUCAAUCUGCACAGAAAAAUAUUAUAUUUGAUACAGAUCAUGAUGCUGGAUCCAAGCCACUCAAUUUGAAAGAAAAGAUAAUCAAAAAGGGGUUGCUGAAACUCAUCCUUGCCUUUCUUGCUGAUCCUAAUCUUAAACUUGAUCUGUGUAAAAGACAUGAAGCUGUGACCCGUGUACUUGCGCUUGAAGCUUUUGAGUCGCCGGAAAAGAUGAAGGUCCGAUACAGGUUGACUUUUUCAAGUGGAGAUGUGGUGGAUGUGGAACCAAGGAGAAUGAUCCGUUGGGACAAACAGCACUCCAAAUUGUAUAUGCAGAAGAAGAUCGACUCUGAUCAUAAAUAUGCAAUCGAAUAUGCAUCUCAUUUUGCAGAGGAAAUAGCAGAGGGGGUGUUGUUGGAGAAGGAACAACUUGUGCAGGAUCUAUCUUUGUGGAGGAUCAAGACUUCCUUUCUUCUGCAUUCUCCUCUUCAAAGGGGAAGAGGCGGAGGCAUAAUUCUGCCGCUUUUCCCCAUUCAUACGAGUUACCAAGUACCAAGCGUCCAAGACCCCUCCUUUAAAUCAGGAAACAACGAAAACCAUAAAUCAGACGUGUAUGGUGGGAUGACAAGCUUUUGGGGAUGAUUGAUGCCUAAAAGCUGAUCGACAAGCUUUUUGGGAUGAUAUUUAUCUGAUGAUUCUAAAUAUACCCCUACAAUAAAAUAUUCAUAUCUGCCUCCUAUCUAUAUAACUAGUUUAACCGAUAAAUGAAUAAUCGUUAAUGUUUGUAUAAUAUAAUUGUCUAUACAAUUGAUGAUGUAUUACAUGGUGUCAAAUAAACAAUAGUUACUUGAAAUGUGGAUGUAAAAACAAUGAACCAGUUUUAAUUUAUUUUGUAG